AAUUCAUCUAAUAGUACAAUAGAUGGGCAAAAUUACUCAGCAUGAUUCUGAUGAAGACGAUCAUGACCUUUAAAAGUCUAUGCGUAUAUAAGGGGUGGUUAUCCAAGACUUAGAGGGAUUGUUGAAGCUCUGCAACGCUACAAGCUGCCUUAUUUUUAUCUAACUUCCCGUGUACAAGAGUAACCAAGUGUCCUAUCCUAGGCCUAAGUACGAUACACUUCCCCAACAUCAUGUCGAGCCUUCUUGAACCCAUCACCAUCGGUGGCAAGCUGGAGCUGAAGAAUCGUGUUACUAUGGCAUCCAUGACACGCAAUCGCUGCAUAGAUGACAACAAGCCUGGUCCAGCACACGUCAAACAUUAUGCCGAUAGAGCUAGGGAUGGAGCCAGUCUCAUCGUGAACGAGGGUACUUUCAUUGACUGGGCCGGCUGUGACUGGAAAUGGUCACCCUUCAUGAUCACCGAUGAUCACAUCGAGGCCUGGCAAAAGGUCACGGAGGCGGUGCACGACGAAGGAGGAAAGAUUUUCUUCCAGGCCUGGCAUGCCGGACGCUGCCAGCACGACAAAAUGCCUAUAAUGCUAGGGCAUAAAGGCUGUGUUUUGGCGCCAUCUGCUAUCCAAGCCGAAGCAGGCAAAUACCGCGACCUUCCGGGUGCUCCGGGUCAUACAGACAAUGUUGUAGCCAUUGAAGACCCCCAACAAGUUGUCCAAACCUAUCGGCAUUCUUGCCAGCUUGCAAAAAGGGCGGGUUUCGACGGAGUAGAGCUUCUUGCUCAGGGUGGGUAUCUUCCCCAACAGUUUCUCAACUCGCGUGCCAACAAGCGGACGGAUGCGUAUGGUGGCACAAUGGAGAACAGAUGCCGCUUUAUUCUCGAGGUUGUCGAUGCGAUCAGCGAAGUCUUUGAUGGACCCGAGUUUGUUAUCGUGAAGCUCAACCCGACAGAUUAUUUUAACGACUCCAUUGUCGAUUAUGAUGAGAUGAAGGAUGUAUACACGUAUCUGAUCAACGAAUUGGUCGCGCGGCGGGUCGGAAUCAUCAACCUUUCCCGGCGCGGGAUGGAUCCCAAUAUGGGCACAGGAGACUUUUACGGGCGCUAUGGCCGACCUUCGGAGUAUCCUCUACCUAAAGGCUAUGAUCCCGUCCUCGACUUUGGUCGGCUUGUUAAGUAUCCCAAAAGUCCCUCCCUACUCAUGGCUAAUCAUGACUACACGCCAGAAGAGGCCAACAAGAUGGUUAAGGAUGGUACACUUGACCUCGUUGCCUUUGGCAGACCGUUCAUCUACCAGCCUGAUGUUGUCUCACGUAUCAAGAACAAUAUACCCCUAGCACUCAAUGACCGAGGCUCUACUGUUCACUACGGGCCUUACAAUACACCUGACGAGAACUACAACGAUUGGCCUAGAGCUGCUGCCUAA